AUGACUUGGGAUCAAAGGAUGAUAUAUGAUUGUCUUUGUUCUCAUGUUCCACCAAUGGAUGAAUCUCAUUGUUAUGACAAAGCUGAUCCAAGUGUGCAACCACCAUUAGAUGAGCUAGUUUCUGAUUUACAGAAUGAUGAAAUAAGACAAUUGUCUAACAGAUUUUUUGAUGUAUUAAAAGCUGCCGAUCAACCCUUAUAUGUGGGUUGUGAGAAUCACUCUCAGUUGUCUUUCGUUGCUAGGAUGUUAUCUAUCAAAUAUGAUGCUAAUAUGUCUCAGGCUACUUUCAAUACCAUGGUUACAGCUAUUAGGGAGGUUCUUCCGUCAGAUAACACAAUGCCGAUUGAUUACUACCAUCAUAGAAAAACUAUGAAUGAAUUGGGUUUACCUGUGGUUAAAAUUGAUGCUUGCAAAAAUGGUUGCAUGUUGUACUGGAAGCAUGAUGCCAUGGAAGUUUUUUGCAAAUUCUGUAAUGAGCCAAGGUAUAAACAAUUAAAGAGUCAACGUGGGGUACAUGAGAAUCACCCGCGUAAAAGAAUUGCACAGGCAAUACUAAGAUACUUGCCACUAACUCCAAGAUUACAAAGGCUAUAUGCUUCUAAUGCGACAGCAACAAAUAUGACUUGGCAUGCUACACACAAAAGAAAUGAUGGGGUAAUAUGUCAUCCAUCCGAUGAUGAGGCAUGGAAAUAUUUUGAUAAAACUUAUCCUGAUUUUGCUAGAGAACCUCGCAACAUUAGAUUGGGCCUCUGUGCGGAUGGCUUUGCAUCACAUGGACAAUUUGGGAAGACUUAUUCAUGGAAGAGUAAAGAUAAUGCUAAGGCCAGGAAAGAUGUUGGAAUUCUUUGCGACCGUAAGGAGAUAGCAAUUCCUUCAAAUAGUACAAGUCAGACUAUUCCAAAAGCAUUAUACACCUUAACCAAAGAGCAGAGGAGGGUUAUUUGUGAAUAG